AUGUCUCUGCCAGCAGAAGAACCCAGAUUGGGGCAGGAGGAGCCAGAGCUGGAGCUGGAGCCAGAGCUGCAGCAGCAGCAGCAGGAGGAGGAGGAGCAAGAAUGGCAGAUGCAUGACGGUGAGAGGGAGGGGGAGGGGGAGACCUCUGGCAUUGAGGAGUUGGACAAGGAGAUUGAUCUUGAGUCAAGAAUGAUACCUGACAACCUGUUGGCAGAGGAUGAGAAGAUAUUCACCACAUUCUACACGAAGAUGAAUGGACACUUCACAAAUGCGCAGUACAACACCCUCAACUUCACCUAUCCCAACAUCUUCUACAAUCUCCCCUAUAUUGAAUGA